UCUCAUUGUUUUUUUUUUUUUUGAUCCGCUCUCUCUCAUUGUUUAGAACCCUAAAAAAAAAAAGCGAACACCCACAAACGCAGGUACAUUCAGUAAAAUUCUUGCAAAACCUCAUCAGAGAGCAAGACAACGGACUCGAUCUCCUGAAAAUGGCCUCCAAAAUCCCACUCAAAAGCCUACCGAGACUCUUCUCUCUCAUCCGAAACCCUAUCUCGCGCAACCUCUCUACAGCCGAGACCCAAACCCAGAAGCUGGAGCGAAUAGCGGACGAGCUCCUCAGCCUCAACAAGCUCGAAAGAUUCGAUUACUCGGUCCUGUUCCGCCACAAGAUGGGCCUCAACAACUACGGCCCGGCCGUAUCGGGCCCGUCGCCCGCGGCUUCGUCGCCUUCGGUCGGGGCUGGAUCGGCGGACGUGAAGGCGGCGGAGAAGACGGCGUUCGACGUGAAGCUGGAGAAGUUCGACGCGGGGGCGAAGAUCAAGAUCAUAAAGGAGGUGAGGAGCUUUACGGAAUUGGGAUUGAAGGAGGCCAAGGAUUUGGUCGAGAAGGCACCGGUCGUGGUGAAGAAAGGGGUUGCCAAGGAAGAGGCGGAUUCGAUCGUGGAGAAACUCAAGGGGUUGGGUGCCACUGUGGUGUUGGAAUGAUUUCUAAUGUACUCAUAUAUUUUUAGAGAAAGAAAUUUUGAUUUCUUGCUUCUUUGUGAUCUUAUCGUAGAAACAACUUUCAUCUUUAUGAUAUGAGAGUGAGAACGAAAUGCAGGUGUUCAAUAAUUGUCUGUUUUUCGAA